AUGGGGUCUGUGCCCGAUGCCGGCGAAGCCGUGGUGGUUGGCGACGUGCGGCAUGGUGGGCUCGGGGCGGAGCCUGACUGGGAAAAGUGCGUGCACAUCCACGACGUGGGCGAGGCAUGCGUGGAGCUGAUGGUCAACACGUCGACGCUCAGCAUCGAAGUGGCGGUGACGAUCGACAACAAGACUGUGCUCGAGAAGACGUUCUCGGGCAACUCGCUCUGCGUCGACACCGACACGCUCAUCGAGGUGCUCGAGGCGGUGUGCAUUCCGUGUCUGCCGAUCCUCAAGAUCAUCAAGGAAGUCUUUGACCAUAUCCCGGCCAAGAUUCUCUCGAUGUGCGUGGAGCUCGAGGACGUGGUCUACCACCACACGGCUCACCCGCCGUACGUUGCCGGCAACGUCUCGCUCGUCUCCAACAUCCUCUCGUUUGACGAGGAAGCGCUCGCGGGGCUCCCGCCGUUCUGUGUACGGGCCCUGGCCGACCUCGUGCUCGCCUCCGAUCAUAGGGCGUACCAGGUGGCGGUGGCGGUGGCGCAGCUCCAGGAGCGGGUGGAGACGGAGCUCGCUCUGGAGCGCAAGAAGGCAGCGGAGACAGCGGGGCGGCCGGCGGCGGCGCAGGAGCGGGGAGAUACACCGGAGACGCUGGAAGAGCGGAUGGCCGCACGAGCUGGUCGGGCGCGCGAGCUGAAGGCACAGGCUGUGGCGGCCAAGAGCGCGGCACGGGCGUUUGACGCCUCUGUGGUGCUCCCGACGUGGGACGGGCUCGCGCUCGCGCAGUGGGCAGCUCUCGCAGAGGCAGGCAUCCCACCGUUUGCACCGAUGCCUCGCGGGCUUGCAGAGCUCGCGGCUGCGCGGCAUCCGGACCCGCACCUCCCACAGACGGAGCUCGAGGCGCUCGGGUUAUCAGCGUCUCAUCGCAAGGCUGAGAGGUCGAGCUUGGCGGUGGAGGCGGUGGCUUGGGGAGACUACAUGGACGACGGCGACCGCGAGGUACAAGAGGCGAUGCUCUCUGCGCUACUCACUCAUGGGGCGCCGGGCUCAAAGGCGCUGGCAGAGCCGCUCGAAUUCCGCGGAGCGUGCGCGCGCGUGUCUGCCGGGGUCUCGGCGGCGUCGAUCACGGCGUCGAUGAACGCGCUCCGCUCGCUCCGGCGGCGACUUGUCUCGUGUGUGAUGGGCGACGACGAUCCGGGUGCGCUUGCACUCGUUGCGCUUACUGUGCAGAACGAGGUGCUCCGGAGGCAAAACGCGGAGCUGCGAGAGGCGAUUGCCGGUGAUGAUGGCGACGACGAGGCAGCGGGCAUGAUCGCGGGCGGGGUGGUGGAGGGAUCGGCGCGGCGGUGCGGCGAGUGCGAGCGUGCCCGCGGCGAGACACUGCGUGCGCUAGCAGAAGUGGCGGCGGUCCGCGAGCGGCAGGCGGCGACAGCGGCGCUGGCGCAGCAAGUGGCGUACCCGAUGGCGGAGGCGCUUACCGCAGCCAGGGCGGCGGCGGCGGAGGCUAACGCUCUCGCUUCCAAACUCGGCGACGAGGUCGUUGCCCUCCAAACGCAGCUUGUCCGCGAGCGUGAGGCUGCGGCCGCGGAGCUCGCGGCGCAGCGUGCCGAGCUCACGGCGGCAGCGGCGGCGGAUCGAGCGGCGGCAGACGCCGACCACGCGCGGCUCGCUGGCGAACUCGGCGGGCUCGCGCCGGUUCCGUUUGCCGGCAUGAUGCUCGCUGACUUUGGAGCAGAGGUGGUGCGUGUGGACCGUGUGGGCGGCGGCAUGUCGGCGGGCAUGGACAGCCUCGUGCGCGGCAAGCGGUCGGUCGCGGUGGACCUGCGGUCGCGCAACGGGCGCGACGUGCUGCUCAGACUGGUGAGCAAGGCAGACGUGCUGCUCGACCCGUUCCGGCCAGGAGUCCUCGAAUCGCUUGGGCUGAGCCCGGAGACGCUGCAUGCGAGCAACAGCAGGCUCAUCAUUGUCCGGGUAACCGGAUACGGGCAGAGCGGCGAGCGAGCGCAGGAGGCCGGACACGACAUCAACUACGUGGCAGCGUCAGGCGUGCUAUCGAUGCUCGGCAAGGCGCCAGACAGCCCGCAGCCGCCGCUCAAUCUGCUCGCCGACUUUGCCGGCGGCGGGCUCAUGGCCGUGGUCGGGGUUCUCCUCGGACUGGCGCGGCGGAGCGCAGCGCAAGGGCACGGCUCGGUGGUGGAGGUGUCGAUGGCGGACGCGGUGAGGUACCUCGCAGCGUUUGCGGUGGCCAACAGGCCAACGCUGUUCAGUAGAGCGCGCGGCAGCAACGUCCUCGACAGCGGCGCGCACUUUUACAACGUCUAUGGCACGCGCGACGGGCGAUUCGUGGCGGUCGGGGCCAUCGAGCCGCAGUUCUACGCGGCGCUCCUCGACGGGCUCGGACUUGAUGCAAAGCACCUCCCGGACCAGAAUGACGCGAGCGGGUGGCCGGCCAUGACAACGCUCUUCCAACGGCUCUUUGCCACGCGAGACCUCGCAGAGUGGCUCGAGGUGUUUCACGGAACCGACGCGUGCGUCACCGCAGUUGCCGAACUCGACGGCGACGUCGCCGUAGAGCCGUGUCCAAAACUCAGCGGCGUUGCACACCCGGCAUCGACCAAGCAGCAGCUGCAGAGCAGACUGCGCCUCGGUGCUGGAGUACACUCGCGCGACAUACUCCGGAGCCUCGGGUACGAUGAGGCGGAGAUCGAGGAGAUGGUGGUGGAGGGGGUCAUUGGAUCGCGAUUGUGAUGUUUGGCAUACAGACCCGUAGCAAGAACUCUCCUGAUGUGGUAAACAGGGAAGCGA